AUGGAUGCUUGCAAAGAUAUAGCCACUCCAAUGGGAUCGAGGAGAUAUCUUGAUCAUGACGAAUCUGGAACUCCAAUUGAUAUCACUAAGUAUCAAGCUUGUCCAAAGGAAUCUCAUAUCACUGUUGUGAAGAGAAUAAUGCAGCAUCUCAAAGGAACAUCCAAUGUCGGCUUAUGGUACCCCAAAGGUAGUAUAUGUAAUCUUGUUGGUUCCUCUGAUGCAAAUUAUGCAGGAUGUAAGAUGGACAGGAAAAGCACGAGUUGGGCAUGUCAUAUUUUUGGAAAUGCUCUAGUUUCUUGGUCAUGUAAAAAACAAGAAAGUGUGGCUCUCAGCACUGCAGAAGCAGAAUAUAUCACCGCCGAUAGUUGUUGUGCAUAA